UAAUAGGAUAAAGCCCCGGUGGAAAGAGCACAAAUAGAUCUGGUCAGGUCACCAUCCUUUAACGUCUACUGUCCAACACAGAACACAGUGGAGAAACAACUCCAGUCUGCCACUGAUUGAGUUUUUGAGACUCCGACAUGAAGCUCCUGCUCAGUUUGGUGGUUCUGGUGGCAUCACUGGGUGUCCUUCAGGCUGCAGAGGAGAAUGAACCCAAAGGAAUCCCAGAGGAAAUCUUAAAACAGUUGUCCAUGGAUGGUGAGAAACUGGUGGAUGAGGAGGUGAAGCGAGCUCUGUACGGGGUGAAGCAGAUGAAGGAGGUGAUGUUUAGGAACGAGCAGAAGCACGAGCAUCUGAUGAAAUCACUCCAACACAGCAGCGACAAGAAGAAGAGUGCAGCUCAGUUGGCCAAGGAGGUGACAGACAAGCUGCAGGAGGCGGAGGAGCAGUGUAGGGACUCCCUGCAGGAGGAGUGGGAGCGCUGCAGGCCCUGUCUGGAGGACACAUGUAAAGACUUCUACACCUCCACCUGCCGCAGGGGCUUCUCCUCGUUCCACUCCAAGGUGGAGAACUUCUUCCGUAGGGUGUCCAGGCGCUUCGGGUCCCGGGAGGCUGGAGUGGACUCAGGGGACAUCCUAGUGAACCAGGCUGAUGCUGACACACAGGUGGCCCGCAUCCAGGACUCUUUCAAGCGCCUGAUGAGCACAGUGGGCUCUGUGGUGAACCGCAGCGUCACCCUGGUGUCCAGAAUGAGGGACAGGGUGGACAGAGUCCUCCAGGGGGCCUUCCUGGACAACACCGAAGCCCUGAAGGAGGCAGAGGUCACCCCGGAUCCGUACGACCCCAGCCGAGACUCGGCCUUCCUGCAGGGCGUGGGCCUGGAGGAGGUGAUGGAGUCAUUCUUUGACUUUGGCCGGAGUGUGGUGGAGGAGUUUGGAGCUGUGGUGACCCAGGUGUUUGAUGAUGUGGAUGUGGCCGUGGAGGAGGAGAAGAAGAGAGAGAGGAACAGUUUGCCCCGUUUCCUGCGGAACAGGAAACUGUGCAGAGACCUGCGCAAACAGACGUCAGAGUGUUGGCAGCUCCACAGCCAGUGUGAGGUCUGUCAGGGAGCACUGCUGACAGAAUGCCCGAGUGUCCGUGAGCUGCAUGUGGAACUGGAUGAAGUUUCUCAGCUGCUGGAGGUGUCUAAAGAACAGUAUGAUGAGAUCCUGUCCAUCGUUCAGAGACACACAGAUGAGACGGUGAACUGGCUCAGUGACAUGGUGGCUGAGUUCAGCUGGGUGGCUCAGACCGUCAACAACAACAACAGCGCUCCAGAAAACAUCUUCAGGAUCAGCGUGGUGGCACCAAAGAGCCACGAUGAGAACAUGCCUGUCACUGACACUAAAGUGGAGGUCAACAUCCUCAACUCUCCAUCACUGAUCCUGUCUGUGCCUGGGGAUCUGGAUCUGCAGGACCCGGCCUUCAUUCAGUACCUGACCCAAGAGGCUUUGGACAAGUACAAGCAAAUGGUCAGGCUUGACGAUGAGUAAAACUACACAUUUCCUGUUUGAAGUCCAGCACCAGCACUUUCAUGAACAGAAGGACCGGUAGACUGCAGUCCUGUGUAGAGUUACACUAAAGUACACACACUGACCACUUUAUUGAAUUGUCUGUUAUUGCCACUGUAUAAAACAUAAGAAAAUGGACUAACAACCUAUUAAGUGUUGGAAAUAAACACUUUAAUACAAACA